AUGUGGGCGCUGCUUGUUGCCUUGGCCGCUUGUGGAGGCAGCGGCGUGUCACUCUGCGGUUGGCGCGGUUUUUUCUUGCCAAGACUUCCGCCUCGAAAGUUGGCGAGGGAUCUUGUUUGUCCACCGCCGGAGUGCAAAACUGCAAGGGCAGUGCGUGAACCGAGGCGGGGAGGUCAAAACCACCACAGGAGCCGCGGGCCUGAUCCCAGGGUGCUGACAUCAAAAAUCUCACGGGCCGAAUCUGCAGCUGCAAUCCUCGACCUUCUGGCUGCGGAGAUAAACAGUGAGAUCUUCAACGACUUCCACAUGUCCGCAGCCUUCUGCCGAUUGGCUAAAUUCAGCCAACAACGUCGGCUCAGCCAGGCAGAUGCACGCAACCGAAUUUGGUCCCAGUUGAUGGCACGGCUACGCGGCAUGCUCAUGGAGGACGCCUUGAGUGCACGCGUUGCUGCAAAUGUAUUCUGGGCCAACGGCGAACUUUAUGAAAAAGUGCGGGGAGGCGAAGCCACACUGCUUGCAGAGCUGGGAAAGUAUGUCCAAUCCAAAUCCCAUGCCAUGAAGGUGCAGGAGCUAUCAAACUGCUUGUUGGCUGGAGCGAAGCUAGGACGUGCUUUCCCCGAGGUAGAGGACAUGAAGCCUCAAGAAAUGUCAAACAGCCUGUGGGCAGCGGCAACACUGCAAGAUGCCGCACCGAAUGUUCUGAAGGCCGUGCCGUCCAUUGCAGCUCGCGUGUCUCGACGAGCAGGAGACAUGGAUCCUCAAGCGCUGUCCAACAGCCUUUGGGCCGCUGCGAGACUGCAAGAGGACGUACCGGAGAUCUUGACGGCUGUGCCAGCUAUUGCAGCCAAUGUUCGGCACAAGGCCAAUGCCAUGAUCCCUCAACAUUUGGCAAACAGCUUGUGGGCCGUAGCCAAGUUGCAAGAUUCAUCACCGGAUGUGAUGAAUGCUGUGCCGGCCAUUGUAGCCCGAAUACCUGACAAGGUAGGGGGCAUGAUCCCCCAGGCUUUGUCGAACAUCUUCUGGGCAGCCGCAGCGUUGCAAGAUGCAGCACCCAAGGUGCUAAAAGCCGUGCCAGCCACUGCAUCUGGAAUCUCUCGACGGGCAGGAGACAUGGAUCCUCAGGCGCUGUCCAAUAGCCUUUGGGCAGCUGCGAGACUGCAAGAUGACGUGCCGGAGGUGCUAACAGCCGUUCCGGCUGUGGCAGAGUGCAUCCCUUCAAAGGUGGGAGACAUGGUUCCGCAAGCACUCUCAAACAGCUUGUGGGCAACUGCAAAGUUGCAAGAUGUGGCACCAGGAGUCCUUGUGGCAUUGCGUGUCCUCGCCAAACACACGACCUUAAAGCUGGUGGACAUGGACCUUCAGGGGUUGCGAAUGUCUCUGUGGGCUGCUUCAGAGCUUGGAGAGGAUGAGCUAGAAGAGCAUAUCAAGGAGGAGCUUUCCAAACGCAAGCAGUAG